AGUUGCUGUUAGAUAAACAAGGAAUGAUCUCAUCUGUCCUAAAAAAAGGUGCAAUGACCAAGAAAGAUCCUAAGAUUAAGGACUUUCUGAGAAUACCAAAAAGCCUCUUAUCUUUCUCUUUCUCUGGGAUUUAUUUGUUAUGUAAAGCCUUAUAUAUCAACAUAAAGUUCCUCCCUUGAUAAGAUCUACUGCUGAGUUUAGAUUAGUACAGUUCACCAAUUAUGCACUUGUUAUACAUGAUCAUGCAGCUUAUCUAUUGCAAGAUGUGAAUUUGCUGAUACGUCGAAUGGCUAGCAAUGCAGCUAAGGAGGCCCUGCUACCAGUAUCCUCAAGCCCUUCUGAUUUUAGGAAACGAAACCUCCUUAAGGGGAGCAAAGACCGAAACCAUGGUAGCUCUUCUUCAGUGGACAAUAGUACACAAUUUGAACGUGGGAACAAAGCUCCUCCAGAACUUGCUGAAUCCAUUUUUGACCAACAAGUUCACUUUAAGAAAGUUAUAAUAAUUUUUCUGUCCUAUAUUAGUAUAGGCUCUCUUUGCUUUUACCUAGUUAGGAAUCAGAUGAGAGGUAAGAAAACAAAUGGGGUUCUUGAUUCUAUAUAUUUUUGUGUUGUGACAAUGACUACGAUUGGAUAUGGGGACCUUGUGCCUGAUACUGUCUUGGCGAAACUCUUAGCUUGCGUUUUUGUGUUCAGUGGAAUGGCUCUUGUGGGGUAUGUUCUGAGUAAAGUAGCGGAUUACAUUCUAGAAAAAGAGGGAAAUCUUUUCUUUAAAACUAUAAACGCAAGUGACAUGUUUGAUCCAACUGAUAUAGCUGCAGAUAACAAUAAAUCCAGAUUGAAAUUCUUCACCACAUUGACCAUCCUAUUGAUUCUCGUGUUUGUUGGAACCUUAUUCUUGCAUAAAGUUGAGGGAUUGGAUCUUUUUGAUGCCUUCUAUUGUGUUUGUACCACUAUGACCACUCUAGGCUAUGGGGACAAAAGCUUCUCCACUGGAGGAGGGCGCUUAUUUGCCAUCUUCUGGAUGCUAACUAGUACGAUAUGUUUAGCACAAUUAUUCGUCUACUUUGCUGAAUUCUGGAGUGAGGAGAGGCGAAAAUUGCUGGUGGAUUGGGUUCUUGAAAGAAAAUUGACAGCUGUGGAUCUUGAGUCAGCUGAUCUCGACAAUGAUAAAGUAGUCAGUGUUGCAGAAUUCGUUGUGUUUAAGCUAAAGGAAAUGGGAAAGAUCAGCAAGGAAGACGUGGCAAUGGCCAUGAAGCAUUUCAGAAAUCAUGAUAUUGAUCACUCAGGGACCUUGACAGCAUCUGAUCUCGCCUAACCAGACAUCUCAAUCACAAUGCUGACAGACACUACAAAGAAAAUCUACAAAAACACGGAACACAAUGGUGCAAAACACUUGCUAUUCCUAUUACUCUUAAAAAGUAUGAAUCGAUGCUUAAUUCUUAUUUUGCAAUUUAUAACUUGAUCAUGAAUUGUCUGUCCUUUUUCAUUAGCUUCGACAAUUUAAGCUUAUGAAAGACAAAUGCUCAUACUUAUUCAUCAUUUACAUCUGCAAUCUGGUAUAAGAAACUAGUAGGAAGAGCAGAUGUGGAUUACAUAUAUACCGUUACACAAAACGUAAAAGAUUAACCACAUAGUCACUCUGGUUAUCUUUUUCAGCCCACAACUUCAAAAGUCUUCACUUUUCAUCUCCAGUGUCUCAGAUUCCUCAAGAUACUCUGGCUGCCCUGCGACGUAUUCCAUAAUUCCUUCACCCUCCUUAUCGCCAUAGAAUUCGGUUGGAGUUAUCUUACCAAAGACAAGAAUUAGUACUAGAAACAGAGCUGUUGAGAUGAAGAGAGGCCAGAAGUAAGUGAGAAUUGUAAUGAACUGAGGGGCUACUUGAAGUAAAAAUGCAAAGACUAAAGAAACAAAGAUUGUUAUGACAAAGUGUGCCUUGAAUUUCAAAAGCUUUGGUGAGAUUUCCAUUGCUUAUUUAGUGACAAUGAGAUCUUAAUAAUAGAUCAAAAGGGUGU